UUCAUAGAGCGCUCGGCGAGAGCGUACCAACCCUAUUUUUCAACCCCCAUUUGGUUUAUUUACAACUUUUUUUUGCUUUACUGACUCCUGGGAAGUGUGCGCGGGUCCCUCACCGUCGCCGCAGCCUUGAGGAAGACAAUUGACUAUCUGUUCCACCGGAGUGCGCUUGAUUUCGAGUUUUCUUUUUUUGAAGCAGUGGCGUUCCGUUUUCGCUUUAUUUGACGUUUUAGUGUGAAUGUGCCCGAAGAUUUCAGACUGCCUUUUUGUUCGCUCGUUGGAGGUUUGUGCGUGGUGUCGAGGUAACUCUUUCGCGCAAGUCGAGAUGACGUGAAAAGUCUUGUCGGAUUUCGAAAAGGCAUGAGCGGUCCUUUAUGUUGUCGACUAUGGCUACUGUCACUUCUGGCAUCAUAUCUCCAAAUUCGUACGGCCUAAACGCAGAUGCUAUCAAAAUGGCGACGGAAAACGUCGACGACUACUCCCGCUACCACGCCUCGGAACCCUUCGAUUCAAACGUGAACUCGAGCGACUCGGACCAGGACAACUACGUGGCGUCUCCGAAGAGCGAACUGCCGAAACGGAACAAACGCAAGAACUUCAAGCCCCGGUGUUCGAACGUCGCCUACUCGGACAACGAGUACGCCUACAACAGCGAGGCGUUGAAUUUGAGCGAGUACAGCGAGAACAACAACGUCAACAACAACGUGCGGCGGAGGAAGACGUUGUCCACGAGGAAGGUCGUAGUGGAUCCCAGAUUCAGUCCCAUGGACCUGAGCAAGAACAACGAGAGCGACUCCAAUAGCGACUCGGAGUUCAACGAGAACUUUGCCAACUCGGAGAACGACGACAAUGACAACGAGAACAGCAACAGCGAGAAUGACUCGAAGAUCCCGCAGAGUUUCUCUAUUCACAACCUGUCCAAGCCGCACGUUUCGGACUUUUCGCAGGCGCCUCAGAAUCUGAGUCAGGAUCAAGUGAGCGAGAUGAGGCAGUACGCUAUGAACACCAUGAGGGAGCUGCUGGGGAUCUACGGUUUGACGUCGGAAGUGGCGGAGAGCAUAUCGAGGCAACUUCCGAUGGCUGCGUUUGCCACUGGUAAAAUAUUCGAGAACCUCUCGCUGAACCCCUUGAAAAAGGAGGGUUCCCCGCCCUCCCAACCACCGACGCCCCCCUCAACCCCCCUCUCGCCCAAGUCCAACGACUUGACGAAAGCAUCCAGUAUUCCUAAUUUUCCAAAUCUAACCAUAUCGCAUUCGCAAUCUAGUCAAAAAUUACCUCAGAAUAUACCCCUGAAUUCCCAAAGCACGCCUCUGAACCUCGGUAAGAAGCAUAAGUCGUACACCAACGGAGUAGGUCUGAACCUGUCUUCUCAAUCGGAUUUUCCGUACAGUAGUUCUGAGUUGGAAGCUAUUAGGAAUAAAAUUACCGAGGACAGGAUCCAGGAACAGAAGAACGCCAUGAGUGGGAGGGGCAUUUUCCCCGCAAAUAUUCUUCCAUUUUCUCAAGUUUCAAAGACUGAACCUUCCAGCCCCCCACCACUGGAACCGAGCCCGUUGAAUG